AUGGAACCAACAUUAUGUUUUAGUUUAUGUCAAACACCAAUUAUUUAUAUACAAGCGUCAAUAUGUCGAUGUUCAGGUGGUGGUCUUAUGGAUUAUAAUCGAGGUUCAGAUAGAUAUUGUUCAAUACCAUGCCCAAAGCCAGGUAAUCGUCAGGUUCAAACAAUUAAUACAUGUGGUGGUUCCGAAGGUUAUUCAGCUUAUGUAGAAGAACAUUUUUAUACAAAACAUGCUUAUUUAUUUAAAUAUCAAAUUCAUUUUGCAUCAUGUCAAUUAUGGAAGAGUUCUGGUUAUUAUGAUACAUUUCAAGUUCAAAUAGAUGGAUCAUCUGAUAAAACAUCAUUGAAUAAAAUGGAACAAUGUGCAGCUGCAUGUUUUGAUCAAAAUACGACGACAAAAUCCAUAGCUUUCAAUGAUGAUAACAAUCAAUGUUCAUGCAUUAUGCCAGAAAAAUUAAAAACAGAUUUUCAUGAACGUUAUUUUUCAAUUCUCUCUAAUAAUACUUGUGACCGAUAUUGUGAUAGCAUAAUAGGUGAUUCAAAAGCUGAACAUAGAUUUAAAUGUGGUUCAUUGAACAAUUCACGUAUAUGGGCUGUAUAUGAUUUGAAUGAUGCCUGUUCGAUGCAUUCUUUUUAUAUAAAAGAAUUAAAACAAUGUAUAUAUACAGAGCAAGGAUUUGGAAGUUCAUGUUAUUCACCAUCAAUACCAUAUGUCUAUGAUGGAAAUAUAACAUGGAAUGUCUUUCUUGGAAUUAUUGAAAAAUUAAACUUAACUAAAUCUAUUGUUUCAAUUAAUUUUGAUAAUGCUGUUACUAUUGAUCCUUCAUGGAAAUGCUCAAAAACAACAACAAAUAUCAAUAAAAUCCAAUCGAGUCUUUCUAAUACGAUUCAUUUUAAUAUGAAUUUUAGUACAAAUUAUUUAUUAGAUAAGGGUUGUUUACGCGUCGUUUCAUAUUUACCUUAUUCAUAUAGAUUAUCUCAUAGUUUAUGCAUAGAAAAUCCAAUGAAUAAGAAUUCAUUACUUUAUAAACCUAGAUUUUCUCCUAUUUAUACAUCUACUUAUAAUAAUAGAAUGACAACUAAUUGUCCAACGAAUUGGUUUGAUUUGAAUGGACAUUGUUAUCGAAUAUCGGAUGAAGCUAAAACAAUUCAAGAAGCAAGAAAUAGUUGUAUUAAUGAUCCCAUUGCUGAGCAAAUAAAAAAUGAUCAAGAGAUUAUACCAAAUGAUGAUGAUGAUGAUAAUGAUGAUAAAAAGGAAAUGAAUAAUAAACUCAACACUUAUAUGAAUGAUUUAUUGAAAGGUGAAAUCGCUCAAUAUACAUCACAAUGGCAAGCACGUCUUGGCUUUUAUCUUCUUGAUACAAAUGUAUCAAAUACUCCAUCAAUACUUCAUCAUAUUGGAUUUUUCAACAGCUAUCGACAACCAAUAUCGAUCAAUGGAAUAACACCAUCACCACCUAUAGUGUUCAGUACACAUAUACGACCACUAGCAUCCAAUAUUAGUUUAAAUUUUUCAUCAAUAAAUGAAUUUCAAAUGAUCAAUUCAAAUGAUAAUGAAAAUUCAACUAUAAAAGAUGAUUCAUGUAUAGUUUUCACACGUUUCGUGUUCAACGAUAAAAGAAGUUUUAUUUUAAAAAGUGUUCAAGUCAAUAAUUGUUCAAAGCCCAGACAUGUUCUAUGUAAAACAAAAUCAAGACUUAGUUUCGAUUUUCAGCAACAUUGUUUUCGUAAACCAUUAACACUCGGGGUACCAACAAUAAUAUCAAAUCGUUUAACAUAUGAAUUAUGUGUAUCUGUUUGUAAAGGACUACGAACGACAUUAGCUGUUAUAAAUAUGAAUAAAUGUUAUUGUUUCGAUGGUAAUCUUCCAGAGACGCAUGAUAGGAAAUCAUAUUAUGAAAAAUAUCAAAAAAAAGAUUGUGGAUAUACUUGUCCAGGUAAUCAACAUGAACAUUGUGGUAAUGAAAAUACAAUCGUUGUCUUUGAAAACCCUAUUUAUAUAUUACCGUUCACAUAUGUCAAUAUUGGAAAACUUGCAACAUCAAAUGCUGAUUUCGCUUAUUAUAGGUGUAUACAUUUAGAUACUAUGAACCAGUCAACAUUAUAUGAAUUCAAUUUAACUCAUGAAAAUGAUAUUCAUCCUCGUCAUUGUUUAGAAUUAUGUACAAAUUAUAAACAAAAAUAUGCUCUUAUCAAUUCAAACAAAUGUUUAUGUACAAAUAUACUAACGAAAAAAAAAGAAGAUACUUUGUUCACACCUCGAGAUCGUAAUUGUAUUCAAGAAUGUUCAGCUAAUUAUUUUUAUACAUGUGGAAAUUCAACCAAUUCAUCAUUAUAUUCAGUGUACGUCAUGAAAACAAAAUGUCCUUUUGGUAAGAGAACAAAACUCAAAACUAAUUCAUUCA